UCCCACCCUGCCCCCCUCCACCUUGUCAAAGGAUCAGGGCGACCCGCAAGAGUGUUUGCAGGUGCACGCCUGCUCCCUGGGGGCGCGGGGGCUGCCAUGGCCCCCAGCCACCUGUCGGUGCGGGAGAUGAGGGAAGACGAGCGGCCCCUGGUGCUGGAGAUGCUGAAGGCUGGCGUGAAGGACAUGGAGAACCGAGUGGCCCUCCACGCCCUGACACGGCCGCCCACCCUGCUCCUGCUGGCCGCAGCCAGCAGUGGCCUGCGCUUCAUCCUGGCUUCCUUUGCCCUGGCCCUCCUCCUGCCGGUGUUCCUGGCCGUGGUGGCCAUGAAGCUGGGCCUGCGGGCCCGGUGGGGCUCGCUGCCUCCGUCCGGUGGCCUGGGGGGGCCCUGGGUGGCAGUGCGUGGCUCAGGGGACGUGUGUGGGGUCCUGGCCCUGGCUCUGGGCUCCAACACUGGGGGCGGGCCCCGGGUCACCCGCCUUUCUGUCUGCCGCUGGCACCGCCGCCAAGGCGUGGGCAGGCGGCUCCUGGCCUUUGCAGAGUCCCGGGCAAGAGCCUGGGCAGCCGGGGUGGGGGAGCCCCGGGCCCGCCUCGUGGUCCCCGUGGCUGUGGCAGCUUGGGGCGUGGCAGGGAUGCUGGAGGGCUGCGGCUACCAGGCUGAGGGGAGCUGGGGCUGCAUGGGCUACACGCUGGUGAGGGAGUUCAGCAAGGACCUGUGACUCCAACCUGAGCACCUACUGUGUGCGGGCACAUUCACAUCCCGUGCGAAUCCUCAGCCCACCCAGGGCCCAGAAACUCAGGCCUGCCGAGGGCAAGAGACCGCACUGCAGUCAGGCCUGUCUGUAGCGUGUGCACUUGUCAGAGGUCAGCCUGUCCAGCCUCCUGCCUCGGGGUCUGCCUCUCUCACUGCAGAGUCUGCACCUUCUGUGCUCCCGGCCUGGGAGAGAAGAGGGUGGGGGAGAGGAGGCUGAGCAAGUUCCACCUCCAAGGGGACUUGGGGCAGGGGCACCCCAAAUUUGGACAAGGCCCCUGCGAAUGGGGUGGGGUUUGAUGCCUGUGCUUGAAGGGGGUGAGUCUGGAGCCAGAGCCGAUGAGCUGAGCCUCUGCAGGGGAGCUUUGUCUCCCAGGGAGCCCUGGCGGUAGGGGGAGCACAGGGCUGCCCAGCGCCCCGCCCUGGGGGAAGGUGGGAGCCUAGCGGUCCGCCAGACCCAUCUGGUUUUUUA